AUGGAGCAGUGGGCGGUAAAAGAUCCUCCAAGGCGGUUCCUCAUCGGAAAGAAGAAUUCCUCAGAAGAUGCUCAAAAACCAGCGCGUCUUCCUUUAUCUUCACGGCUCGAGACUGUUACGCGACCAAUUUCGGGGCUAGCCAGGCACCGAAUCCAUCAGCUUUCAGAGAUUCGCGAGGUGUCAGGAUCUUCGAAGGCUACCUCCGCAGCCAAUGUUCACAGUGAAUGGACAGAUGGUGCCAAUGACACUCCUCAAAAUCGACCUCUUCCGCCAAAAGACGCCCUUUCCCAAACUCCUUCUUCAGAGUUUCUUCCACCUACACCUAUUCACCCAACACCUCGAAAUUUUACUGCUUUGGGCGACCGUGCUGCCAGCGCUAUAAGUCUACCACGAAAAUGUGUACCCGAGCGCAGAUCGUCCGCGAGCAUCUUCUCCCCUGGUCUUGCCGUAUCGAAGCCAAAUUCGUUGCAGGAGUUGCCCACAUGGAAGGUUUCAGAAUUGGAUGGUAGUAGCCAAAUCAUACCUAACAGAGGACGAGCCGAGUCUCCUGUCCGCCGCGCCAUCAACCAAAGCGCUCAGUCGGCCGAGAUUUUCAGGCCAUCCCUCACACGAACCUUCAUCCGGACGUCCCCUCCGCACGAGAUUCUGGACAACGGCAGUAUUCGACAUCCCCGCGUCGACUUGUCGAUACGUCUUCCUUCGCCUCUCUUCGUAGGGGGCGGCACCGUUGAAGGUCACAUGUCCAUUGAAGUCGACGGUGGUGCUCCUCGGAAGCCAAAGUGGAAGCCGAUCUAUAUCUCUAAAGCUUCUGUGGAUGUCAUAGGAGUGGAGGAGAUCAGCGACGGUAGAAGAUGGGUGUUCUUGUCACUUGCUACCGAGUUGUUUGACAGGGAGAAUCCGCCUCCACCGUCUCUUGUAACGUCUCAGCAACCUGCAGAGAGUCCAGAAACGUGGUGGGAGCUCAAAUCAGCAAAGGCGAACAUUCCAUUUUCCGUCAACCUGCCCCUGAAGUUAGGACCGCCACCGUAUGCCUCCAAACAAGCAUCGAUCCGUUAUAUGUUAUGUCCAUCAAUUGUGAUCAGAAUAGGUGACAAGAGAAGCACGGUAAGGCAGACGUGGAGCAUCCAGAUGCUCACUAUACAUGACCCCGAGAAAGCACUGGCAAGCUUGCCUAGUCCCCUCUUGGCAGCUGAUACACUAUACCUCGCCAAAGAACCUGACAUCCAGACUGUCAAGCUGACUGCAGGCCUUCACCGCCAGACGUGGGUGAAUGGUGCCAAGAUCUUCGUCGACGUUCAUGUCGCAAACAACACCGCGAAGACGGUCCGGAAGAUUCAGGUUCAACUCGAGAAAACCACCUUGUGGUAUACUCAUGCGCCGGCGGGGACAUUUGAGAAAAGCGCCACUCAUCUACGCUUGCCAAAACGCACGGACACGGACACUGUCAGUAGCACGACCUUCAAAAUGGCAGACUCCUGGCAAGGUGUUCCAUCCUACUCGUCAGAUGUCAGAACUGUCGAGCUUGAGGCCCCACGUGGUCAUGUCACUGUCAGUACGGGGAGGUAUUUCGAGGUCAGAUAUUUUGUGAACAUUAUCGUUACUGUCAAGAGGUCCAAGACUGUCGCCGUACAACUUCCUGUCACCAUUAUCCCUAUUAACUCGCUGGACAUCUUGCCCAAUUCUCUCGCGCAAGUGGCAGCGUCUAUCGAGGCAAAGCGUGCUAGGACGGUACCGGUCCCCUCCAGUGUCCCGACCCCGGCAGCCUAUUUUCAGGGUCAGGCUUUUGUUGUUCCAGUACGACGCUCAGUUGAAAAUCCACGGAGCGAAGCAGAUGUUCCUUCCUUCGUCGACAUGGAAAACCUAAAGACCGAUAUUGACAAUUCCCCGAGGAGAGUUCAUGUGCAUGGUCAUUGCAUGGGAGGAUUACAAGCCGACACAACGGACGAAAACGCAGAUCCUAGUCGGCCAAGCCUUAAUCCUUCAUCACAUCAUCAUGUAACAAAGCGUCCGAGCUGUUACCACUGCCACCUCGUGGCAGGACCCGGGGCCUCUCCGGUUCGCGGAGGUCCACGAUUGCCGCGACUGCAGGUGUCAACUUCCGGGUUAGGCUUUUCUGAGUCAGAAUUUGAUGUUCCAGCUGACUCUCCGCCUCGGAAAGUCAUGCUCAGCGAGAGAGAGCGCAACAUGAUCAAUCAGCAGAGAGAGCUUCGCAUCCGAGAAGAUCGAGGGGAAAGGAAGCCCAGUCGACCCAGCAAGGAAAUCAAGCGUGGAGAGGAGCCACGGCGGCCAUCAAAGGAGCAGCCGCCACGUUACAACAACGUUGUUGCUGAUUCUAACGCAGAACCCAAACAUCUUCCUUUUGGAAAUUUCAGUCCCGAGGGUCCCAGUUCCUAUGUCGGCAGCACAAGAGUGAGCAUGUCGGAUAUUCAUACAAAUAAGGCUGGUCCCGGAAGAUCUCGAUCCAAGACCAACCCAGAGGGCCGACCAAGGGUAUUGUCAUCAGGCAAACCCCGAGAAACGCCGGGCAUCGACAGAAGCAAAAGGCAUGCUUAUGCUCCAUCCUCCUCCGGUCUAGGGCAUCGAAGAAUGAGCAAAGACAAUGGUUAUCGCGCAAGCAUAGACCAAUUAUUGUGA